AUGUCGGUUGUAACAAUUUUUGUACAAAGUGAUAACGCGUCUUCUGAAAGACGCUUUGAUAAAGGCCUUACUAUAAGACAACUUCGAAUUAAACUUGAGCCUAUUACAGGCAUUUCUGCCGAUUCACAAGUUUUACAACUAUUUAAUGGAGAUACUUUGGUUACUUCCGUUGAAGGGGAUGAUUAUAUGCUAGGCGCUUUUCCGGUGGACAAUUUUAUGACACUCAAGGUCAUUGAUGCAAAUCCUAGUAACAAUCGAAAUCAAUUUACAGAUUUAUCACUUGUGGAAAAAUAUGAAUUACCCGAUGAUGAAUAUGCUAAACGAUCGGACUCGGUACUUGCAUUUAAGCAACGUAAUAAGUUGGGACGAUUUGGCGAUUCCAAAUCUUUUACUUCAGAUUAUACAUUUGAAGAGGAAGCAAAGAAUAUUAAAGUGGGCGAUCGUUGUGAAGUUGAUUUUGGUGAAGGAAAUGAAGAGGGACUUAAAAGACGCGGUAUUAUAAAAUAUGUUGGAGAGACUAAAUUUAAGCCAGGUUAUUGGAUUGGUGUUCAAUAUGAUGAGCCUGUCGGAAAACAUGAUGGAACUGUUCAGGGAGAACGUUAUUUUGAAUGCCCUCCAAAAUAUGGAGCGUUUGUUAGACCAAAUAAAGUUAAAGUUGGAGAUUAUCCCGAAGAAAAUCUUGAGGAUGAAGAAAUGUAG